AUGACGAUGGCUUCUGCUGAAGCUCGACCUCGUCCAGCGAUAGAACCCAUCCGAACUACUGGUCCCGAUCUGAACAUCCGCUCCUUGCGAUCACGCAUCAUUCAGAAGAGCCCUUCUUGGACUCCGUCACCCCUCUCACCCCGCAGCCUCCCUCUCCCACGACUUCGAGUGGCAAGAGAUGAAGAUGUUGAACAAAAUGAUGACAUGGAUGUUGAUCCGCGAGAGAAACCAAGGCGUGAUUCUCUCAGACAAGAAGCCAGCCUUCGCAAUGUCUCUUUGAGACCCAUAUCAGAACUUGGUCUUCCAAGCCCCAGUCCCUUGCGAUCUUCACACUCCCCCCUAUCAGCCCCUCUGUUUCCACCUCAAGUUUUCCGCAGACCAACUCUUACGGAAGAGACACGAGGCAGACUACUUCGCGAGUCGGAUGCUGAGCCUCGCCGGGGCUCCAUGCCUUUGGAUUAUGAGCGUCGACAGUCUGCGCCUGGAGGUCCUCUCCAUACCAGAGCCAUACAGAUUGCUCGACAACGAGAUCAGCUCCACCGCCGAAGACUUGCUGUUUCAUAUAGACCUCGCGAACCUGAAAUAUUCGUUCAGCCCGUCGAGCUUCGUCGUCUCUCCGUGUUGCCUUCCAGCGACGCAGAGCCACCAUCUCCACACCCUGUGGAUGGACGUCUGACCACUCGUGUAGUUGUACACUCUCCGGGCAAAAAGGCUGUCGUCCUUACUAGAACUUUUGAUUUGGAUGAAUUGAGAGCUACACUCCCACCGAUUAGUCCCGUGGAACAGACAGAUCGACGAGCAUCAGUAACAAGUCUUCAGCUUCCCCUUACCAGCUCUCGAUCAUCUUCACCUGGAUAUCCACAGAGCAGAAGAAGUUCCUUUGGUGCACUCCCGAGAAAGCACCUUAGCCCAUCACCAAUUUCUGAUAGAAGAGGUUCACGUCAGAGCCUGCCUCCUGUCCCCAUCCGACUCAACUAUGCUCGAAGAUAUCUCCCCGUUUUGGCUGCAAUCAUUCUAUCAGAACUUGUAAAGCCUGGCGACAUGGUUGAAGUUCCACUCCCGCAUCCCCGUGCCUGGGAGGAUACCGUCGCAUAUGUGUACAUUGGGUGGAAUGCACUUACGGAGCCCAUCAAACAGAACAUCUUGUAUCUUGGUGGCUCGAUCUGGGACAGAAAACACUGA